CUCCUGACUUUUACAACUUCAUGAUUCAAGACACAGAUAGAUCUUAAUGGGUUAAAACAUAGACAGUGGUUAUAUAUCUGAGAUGGUUAAAAACGGUCUCUAAGGGCAGGAUUCAGUUUAGGAUUGAAAGCUUUUUGGCACCGACAUCUAAACAGCAAUCUACUUUUGUUCUCAGGAAGAAAUGCCUAAUUGCACGUCUUCUCAUGCUUUUAAUUCUGCGAACACACCAAGGGAUCCCAGUAUAAUAAAAUGAAUAAAGAUUAAAGAAGAGAAUUCAGUCUCUACUUUUCAGAAUCUCCAGCUGUCAGACAACUAUAGUACAUCUGGUACUUGCCACACUUGCAGACAAAAGAAAAAUACAAUUUACCUCUGCUCUGAGUUUUAAAAAUUGCUGCUUAGAGUGUGGGAUGUCUUUCAGCAAUAGUGGAAAUGUAGUGAAACACCAGUGGAUUUACUAAAGAGAGAGAGAAAAGCCCUAUUACAUCAAAAUGAGUUUUACUAAGGAGAAUAAUCUUCAAACACAGCCAGAAGAAAAGUCGUAUCACUGUACAGAGUGCGGAAAGAGUUUUAGGUUUAAAAGAAGUUUGGUUAGACACCAGCAGAUUCACACAGGUGAGAGGCCUUACUGCUGUACAGAGUGCGGAAAGAGUUUUUAUCAAAGGAGAACUUUAGUGAUACACCAGCGCACUCACACUGGAGAGAGACCUUUUUCCUGCUCACUUUGUGGAAGGCGUUAUACUGAAAAAGGAUCUUUAGUGAAUCAUCAACGCACUCACACUGGAGAAAGGCCUUAUUCCUGCACCGAAUGCGGAAAGAGUUUUUUUCAAAUUGGAGGGUUAUUAAGACACCAACGGAUUCACACUGGAGAUAAGCCUUAUUACUGCGCAGAGUGCGGAAUGAGUUUUAAACAACAGAGUCAUCUCCAAAAACACAAGCGCUAUCACACAGGAGAGAAGCCGUAUCACUGCUCAGAGUGCGGAAGGAGUUUUAAACUCAAGGAAUGUUUGGUAAUACACCAGCGGACUCACACUGGAGAGAAGCCGUAUCACUGCUUUCAGUGCGGCAAGAGUUUUAGGGCCCGAGGUAAUUUUGCGAGACAUAAGCGCGUUCACACCGGCGAGAAGCUGCACCACUGUUUACAGUGCGGGAAGAGUUUUUUUGACAGAAGUAGUUUAUUGAAUCACGAGCACACUCAUACAGGGGAGAAGCCGUAUUACUGCGCAGAGUGCAUGAAGAGUUUUAAAACCAGGAGAGCUUUAGUAAUACACCAGCGGACUCAUACUGGAGAGAAGCCGUACCACUGCUUACAAUGCGGCAAGAGUUUUACCAGCAAAAGAUAUUGUGCGAAACACAAGCACAUUGACACAGGAGAGAAGCCGUAUCCCUGCACAAAAUGUCGGAGGAGUUAUAAAUCUAAAGAACAUUUAGAAAUACACCAGCGGAUUCACACUGGAAAGAAGGCGUAUCACUGCACAGAAUGUGGAAAGAGUUAUACAUCUAAAGGAUAUUUAGAAAUACACCGGCGGAUUCACACUGGAGAGAAGCCGUAUCACUGCUUACAGUGCGGCAAGAGGUUUAAUUACAGAAGUAAUUUUGCAAGACACAAGCACAUUACCACAAGAGAGGAGCCGCAUCACUGAACAGAAUGCGGGAAGAGUUUUAACAGAAGCAUGUCCAAAGCCAUCAUUGCGUUCGUUUAGCUUUACACUUCUCAACACAGUCAGGAAAAAGAAAUCUUAAGACAAACUAUUGUUGUCAGACAUAUACGAGAAGCUGCAUGAACUCUGUGGACUAAGCUUCAUUUAAACAUGUACAUUUAAGGCAUACAGAUGAAUUGUCAAGAAAUUUUAUUAUUAUUAUUAUUAUUGGUGUGAUACUGGCAUCAAGAUUUAAUUUACACUAGAACUACAUUUAAACAAAAGAUCAAAGAGUCUCUUCAUUCUCUUCAUCUCUCAGAAUUCUCUUCAUCUCUGUUCAUUUUUUAAUGUAUUAGUAUUGUUAAAACAUCUCAAUGUUUUUCAAAAACGAUAGAUGCAAAUGUCCAUGUUUUCAUUUAGUUAAUAAAUUUUUGAAUGAAUUAAUAUACCAUGCUUUGUUGUAAAAAAAAAAAAAAAAUUCUGAAUAAUAAUGCAAAACAGUCUGCAUAGUUGUCUGUAUUAUAAUUACAAAGGUCACACAUUUUUCUUAUCUGAUAUUUUACCACAUUAUUUAAAUUUACAGAAAAAAAAGUGCUUUGAAGUUUUCGUCACUGAAUAGAUACUUACACUGAGUUACUAGGUUAUUAACUAAGUGCCAUCACUUAGUGGUGGGUGGUACAGGGGGAUUAGUCCGAGUGUGAGUCAACAAUAUAUACCAUGAUUUGUUGUAAAAAGAAAUUUGAAUAAUUAAUACAAAACAGUCUGUUUAACUUAUCCGCACUCUGGCUGUAGAAAUUUAUGAACUUUUAGACAAGAUAAAUAUAUGAUUUUCUACCAUAAUCUUCUUUUCUUAAUAAACUUUGUCCAUAUUUACAUUUUUUUUUUUUUUUUUUAACUAUGUGCCACUUUGUGUUGGUCUAUUCCAAUAAAAUACAUUUACAUUUGUGGUUGUAACCAUGACAAAAUGUGAAAAAGUUCAAGGGCUAUAAAUACUUUUGCAAGGCACUGGAAAUAAUAUGAAC